AUGCUGUUGCUGUUGCUGCUGCUGACCCUCCACCUCCUCUCCUCCUCCUCCUCCCCCGCUCCCUCGCCGCCUCCACCACCACAGCCCCGCCUCGCGCCGCUCCCCUCCGCAGCCUCCGCGGGCCCCGCGCCGCCCUCGCUCGCGUUCCUCCUCAUGGGAUCCGCGGGCGACGCAGACCGCCUCCAGCGGCUUCUCCUCGCCACCUACCACCCCCGCAACGUCUACCUCCUCCUGCUCGACCGCGCUGCCUCCACGGACGACCGCGCACGGCUCGCUCGCAGCGCGCGGGCUGCCCCCGGCCGCGCCAACGUCCAUGUCGUCGGGGACCCCGGGUUCACCAACCCGCGCGGGGCCUCCGCGCUCGCCGCCACGCUACACGGCGCCGCGCUGCUGCUGAGGGUCGACCGGGGCUGGGACUGGUUCGUGCACUUCGACGCCGAUGAGUACCCACUCGUAACACCCGAUGGUGAUUCCUCUCUACACCUAUCCUGCUACAUUUUGGUGUAUAUAUGCGGUAGAGUUCCUGAGAUUUUUUAUGUAGAUCUAGCUAGUGGAAAGGUAUUAGUUUAUGAAGGGAAAGACAAAUAA